CAGUUGGCUAUUUAUGUUUGCAGAUGUUCAAUCAUUAGCUUUUUUUCGCAGUCAACAAUAUUCAUGUUAACUUGUUCGUUUGUAAUUACACGAAACAAUGUUUUCAAUGUCUGUUUUGAACACUGAUCUGCAAACAGUUAGGCUAACAAAUCCAUGCAGCUUGUUUUACAUUUUAUCGGUUCGUAGGCUACACUUGAUUUUAGAAGAACUUUACAUGUAAAGUUUACAAAAGUUAGCCUACUUUUUUCCCCCAAAUCCCUUGUCACAUACAGCCACACAAUUCAUUUCUCUACUUGAGCAGUCUUUUAAAGGUUCACUAUUGCCCUCUAAAAUGUUGUUGUUUGUCCGGUUAUCCUGUUUCAAAGUAGCCAAUAAAGUAUAUCAAAUGGUUGUUCUAUUUCAGCGACUGCAACGGAUGCAGUUUUCACUGCGCCUUUGUCAGAGAUCCAAUGAUUUGAAACAGUGUUAAUCUCAUUCCUUGUUUAGCAAAUAUUUUUAAUAUUUUUGGCAGCUGAAACAUUGUAGCCGACUCACUGUUUGUAACAUUGUAGUCUAUAACAAAGUGACAAUAGUGCAACAAACUUUUAACCAAACUAAGCGCAAUAAAAGUACAAUAAAAAUGAAAUUCCCUAACUUUGGGCGUUGAAUAAGGCUAGUACAGCGAGUAUAUAUUUAAUCUGCAUUUCAAUAACAAACUUCGAGGCCUGAGCCAUCUGAAGCCUGGAGACUCCCUUGAACCACGGAGCCCGUGUAGUGAUGUUGUCAGGGCGAGGGAGGAAACAACAACUCGGCAAUAUACUAGAAUACCAUCCACUCCUUUGUGUUUUUGGAUCAAACGUUGGGCAAUGGUGCACGGACAUGAGCUCAGUCAGGCGUUAUUGAAGUUCAGACCUCAUAUUUGACAUAAAACCGAGUAAAAAAACGUAGCUGCUCUCAAGCGGAUAUGAACAUCUAUUUUUAACCUCCCAAAUGCUGUCUGUUCAAUCUGCCUCUGUCCUGACAACAAUGAACCGGCUUUGUAAAAUAUUUUGUCUCCGCAUUCCAUCAUUGAGAUAAUGUGAUCAAUUCAUAGGUCUACCGUUAUUAGCCUAUGCCCUAAUGAUAAGUAAAUAUGUGCUUAUGUAGACCUAUUUAUCACUUAUAAAUAUAUCAUUAAUUUAUUCUGACAAUUGAAAUUAAAGUUUAAUAUAGUAAAAAAAUGUGGUAAGGGAAAGCUAGGCGACAUCGCUAUGGAAAAUGGCAAUAAUAGGUUUGAUGACAUUGCCUGGGGUUGUGGUGGUCAAUGUCACACAUUCGCCUUCCACGGAGAAAUCACAUGAUUGCCCCAUCAAGUCGAUACGAGUCGGUUCCUCUUUCCGCGUGAGUGCUGCUGGCUGCUGCGUAGACCAAUUUAAUAAACUGAAGUCAUCUGACUCUCAUAAGUCAAUCUACACAAACACCAAAUGGAUCUGAGGCGAUGACAAUAGUGGCCUAUUCAGAUGAGUUGAAUAGUUUGUAUUUCUAAGGGUGGCAAAGUAGACUAGACUUGGCUGUAUAGCUCCACUUCUGUCCCUGAAAACUCGUUCACCUGUUUCAUCGCCAUUCAGUAGAUCUACUAUAUGGUUCAGUGGUCCAUUUCAACAGUGAAUGGAUAUUGAGUGUAAAUGGAGUCAUCGCGAGGCUCUGGGGGCCUCUCCCGCGAGUACAAGCUGGUGAUGCUGGGAGAGGGGGGAGUGGGGAAGAGUGCUAUUAUAAUGCAGUUUAUCAGCCACAGGUUCCCUGAAGACCAUGACCCCACCAUAGAGGAUGCAUACAAGACACAGAUCCGCAUCGAUGAUGAACCAGCCAACCUGGACAUCCUGGAUACAGCAGGACAGGCGGAGUUUACAGCCAUGCGGGACCAGUACAUGCGGGCGGGCGAGGGCUUCAUCAUCUCCUACUCCAUCACAGAUAGGCGGAGCUUACAGGAGGCGCGCCAGUUCAAGCAGCUCAUUGAUCGUGUGCGCCGCACCGCCAACACACCAGUGGUACUGGUGGGCAACAAGUCUGACCUGACCCAUCUCCGACAGGUGUCAGUAGAGGAGGGGAAGGAGCUGGCCAGGGAGUUCCAGUGCCCCUUCUUCGAGACCUCUGCGGCAUUUCGCUACUACAUCGACGAGGUUUUCGCCGCCCUGGUCCGCCAGAUUCGCCAACGCGAGGCCGAGUCGGUCCGUGGCAGUGAGAGGAAGACCAGGAGGAACCACUCGUUCUGGAGCCGCAUGCGCUCCACCUUCCACAAGAAACAGCACUCCGAGCACUGAGAGAGGGGCACUGUGGGAUACGACAGUCCUCCAGUGGUACCCUUACAACCCCAAUUCCUAGUUCCAACUCCCACGAGGAGACUAAUGACUCUAGUCCGAGUUAGAUUAUGAGUGUUUGCAACAGCAACGAAACUAACAAUUGUUACUGAAGAGAUUAGCCUCUUGUGCGCAUUAGAGAAGGCAGGAACCAUGCUGAUGUACCGUAUGCUCAUUGUGCUGAAAUUGAGGUCUGGCUUUUAACAACAGCCGACGUUAGCAUUUUAGUAUCCAAUUAAACCAAUUGACUGUAGUGUUUAAUAUUUUUAAAAUGCUGAGACAGCGUGGGGUUUGCCUGAAGUUACAACAUUUCUCUUUGAUGGAGAGCCAGAGAUGAGAUGUUUAGGUGAAACUGUGUAGGGAGGGAGGGAGGAAAGGGGUUCGCGGUCCUGGAAGGAUGAGCGCUUGAAGAGAGGUAGAUAUUAUGGGGAAGGGAGCAAAUACUAGGCUGAGAAGGUCUACCAGUAGGUAAAGUGGCAGGUAUUGAGGAGUGAGCUUGAAGUUUGAUUUAAAGGCGGUUGGGAAAUUGCGAAGGGUUAUGAGACGUGAGUUUGAAGAUUAGAGGGAGAGUCCCAAAGGAUGUGGAGUAUCUUGCCAGCCAAGGAAAUGGAAAGAAUGAAAAGAUUGUAAUAUAGAAGAUGAUGAAAACAAGAUGUUCUGAUAGCAUUGAGGUUCCUCUCCAUUUCAAUUGAAAAGCCUUCAUGGGUUAUUGCUUUGUGUUUGUAAGCUGACCAGCCUGUACUCAGGACUGGUGCCAUGUUGCAGUGGGAAUACUUUGACAGUUGUGAACUGAGUUGCUGAGGAUAUUUAAUACACAGGUGGUGUUGAUGUUGACAAGACAUUAAUGUGCAGCAUUGCCUAAUAUGGUCCACUAGAAUGGAAUUUGAUGGGCGUAGCUGGCAUUUUAAUUUUGCUCCGCCUACAACAGGUUUGUCAUCAUACAAUGUUUUAUAGUGUUUCAGUAAAUAGAGAUAAUGCCAAGUAGAGUACCUCUCCAGAGUGAUUCACACUCCUUUAUUACCCCCUGACCUGUAGUACAACGGUUGUGCACUUAUUAUUUCAGCACUCCGUGGAUCUGGUAGUGCCACAUAUGGGAGUAUAUUAUGUUUUGUGUUUGUUUUAUUCCUCUUGAUCAUGAUUGUUUUCCUUAAUUUAUUUUCUAUUAACACACUAAAAUAAAAUGUACUGCCAUUUUUUUCCAAA